AUGGCCGCCGGAAGUGUUGCGACGGUCACCGGCGCAUCCGGUAUCGCCUCCGGACUGAGUUCACUUUCGGGCCCGGAACCGCAGCAGGUCGACAAGCCCGAGGACCCGCCCGAGGACAACGGCGACCAGAACCAGCCCACCCCGUCUGUUCAAAGAACCGACCAGCCGUUCAGCACCUCGCUGCCGCUGGACUUGCCCACCACGUCGUCAUUCCCGUUCUCCUCCACUUUCACCUCGUCGCAAGCGUCAGCGACCUCCAGCGGACUGCCCAAGUAUAUCAUCGUACCCGACAGCAAAGGGAAGGCAACCGAUUUCGACUCAGUAGAGUCUAGCUUGACCAACUCGGCCGGCUCAAACCUGGUGACUGUCGAGAACGACGAAGACAAGAGCACCCUGUUUCUGUCCGCUCCGCUGUCACCCCAAGAAGCGAAGGAUUUGGAAACGAAGCCUGGGGUCGGAGCCGUUACCGAAGAUAUUGACCUGGGGGAUAUGAACAAGAUGGUGGCGGAAGAGCCCUACAACCCAGCCGAUGCCGCCGGCCCAUCUGUGCCACCUCCGGCUUUGACGAAGGACCCCCUGGCUUUGGCCAAGCAGCCACAGAAGGUUGUGAGGCAAUCGGGAUACGAUGUCGAGACGGAGAACCCAGCGAAACCCUCGCACGAAGAUGCAGGAGAACUUUCUACACUUUCUCAAGAACCUGGCAAGCCGAGAGGAUCUACUUUUGCAUAUGACGAGGUCGCUGGGCAGGGCGUUACGGUCUACAUCCUUGGCACGGGCAUGAACCUGAAUUCACCGGACAUCCAAGAUGCUGUCGGCACUAAGGACUUCAUCUUCGCCCCUGGUUCAGCUGAAACGAAGACAGACGACGAUCCACUCAUUGGAUACCCAGAUGGCACCUGCAUGGCGUCCAAGAUAUUUGGUCCCAAGUACGGUGUGGCGAAGAAGGCAAACGUCGUUAUGGUCAAGUUGUCCGGAGGGAGCGGUGCGAUGGGUAUGAUCACCAUGACGGAGAUGCUCACUGCGCUGGCCAUGGUCAAGAACGACAUCACCACGAAAAAGCUCAAGGGCAAAGCCAUCGUGAACCUCUCGUAUACCACACCAAUGUCCGAUCCGGAAGCCAUCGCCGCAUACAAAGAGAUUCUCGUCAAGAUGAUGGACGACGACAUUGUCCUCGUCGCGCCAACCGGUAUCUCCAACAAUAACAAUGGCUCCGAGGCAAACGACCAGUACCCCGCCGCCUUCGCCAAAGACACGGCCCUCAUCGCAGUGAGCGGAGUCAACGGCAAGGGCGCUCGCAUGAGCUGGUCACCUGGCUCCGAGAAGGAUGGCGUCACCGCAGCUGCGCCCGUCACGGGCAGGUGCGCCUACAAGAACCUCGACCCCAAGAGCAAGGGGGGCGUGACGAAGUCGCAGGACAUCUCGAGGCUGUACUACUCCGACGGCGUCGCGGCGGCCACCGUCGCCGGCGUUGCUGCCGGACUCAUGGCGCAGGCCGAGUACAAGACCCAGCUGCAGGUAGAAGGCAAGGUUGCCGCCAACGUCAAGGAGCUUGUGGCGGGGCUUGCGUGGGUUCGCGCCGAGGGUGGUACGCCGGUGGUCUGGAACGGCGUCCGCCCGUAUGGAAAUGCGUGCGCGAUUGGGAAGAGGCAAGAGGGCGAUGCGUGCAGCGCGGCUCCGAGUGCCGCGCCCACCGCGGCGCCGACUGCGGCCCCUUCUGCACCGGCGUUGCCGCCCAAGCCGGUAUACAACGUUCCCGGCACGUGGAAGAAGCAGUACGAGGGCGAUGUCAACUACAGCUUCGACUAUACCACCUCCUCCGACUCUGCCAGCGAUGGCUAUACCGGCGACGACCCGUUGUCAUGGUGUCUAGGAAAGUGCACAAAUGCGUGCGUGUCUGUUUUCCUCACCCGUGUGAAUCAGAAGCAGACGGAUGGUUACAACACAUACUUCAUUUGCAACCAAUAUGACAAAGUCUGGUCUAAUGACUACCUGCAAAAGCUAUCCUCCAGUGACUACGACGCUGGGAUUGCGCUUGAGUAA